CAAAAGCCUUACAAGCAUCUGCUCCACUUCUGACUUCUCUUAUCUGCCACAGGAAAUGAAGGCCUUUCAGCUCUUCCUUACUAUCACCUUGGUUGCUCUCUUUUUUAUGUCUUCCAGUGAUGCCGCCUGCAUCUGCAUGACUACUAUAAGUAGAAAACACCAUUGCGGUCGGUCUCCUUUGCUCAGUGGAUGCGAGCCCUACACCGUCUACAAAUGUGAUGGUGUCUAUGGCAGUGUGGCCCAGUCAGUUGUAAGUUGUAAGAAAGGCUGCGUCUAUAAUCCGGAUGGCCAGGAUCAUUGCAAGUCUUAAAAAAAAAGCCUGACUUCAUGCAAAAAAGCUGUGAUUUUUUUUUGGGGGGGGGUUUAGCCCAGGUCCAUAGAGAGAUCAACUCCAUUUUAUGUAAA